CUUUUCAAUGCUAACGUCAUGGUCUUGCCUUUAAUAUGCGUAUUGAUUUUUCCAAUUGUAAUUCUUUUUAUCAUUAGAGGAACUUAUUUAAUACUUAAUGUAAAUGGCAAAAAAAUAAAAAAAACAACUCAAACUAAACCAUCAAAAACUUUAAUUGUACUUGGAUCUGGUGGACAUACGACAGAAAUUUUACGGAUUGUACGGCACUUGAACAAAAAAUUAUACUUUCCAAGAGUCUAUGUACAAGCUCAGACAGAUGAUAUAAGUUUAAUGAAAGUUAAACAAAUAGAGGAAAAUAUUAAUGACUAUAAAAUAAUUCAAAUUUCAAGAAGUCGUGAAGUUAAUCAAUCAUAUUUCACAUCGAUUUGGACAACUAUUCAUGCCAUUUUUCAAUCAUUUCCAUUAAUAUGGAAAGAAAAGCCAGAUCUGCUAUUAUGCAAUGGUCCUGGGACUUGUAUUCCUCCUUGUUUAGUCGUAUUUUUUUUCAACUCACUGUUUCUUUUGAAUACCAAAAUUAUUUUUGUUGAAAGUUUCUGUAGGGUGGAAACUUUCUCUCUCUCUGGGAAGAUAUUAUAUUAUAUAGCUAAUCAUACAAUUGUUCAGUGGCCAUUACUCGGUGGAGAUAAUUAUCCUCGAAGUAUAUUUGUACCAUAAACACAUUUAAC